GUUGGCAUUGUGAGGGAGAAUCCAUCUUGAAGAACUGUCUCCGGCUCCGAUUAUUUGAGCAAUAAAAGGAUCAGCCACUGUACCACCAUGUCUGACACCGAGCAGCAGUUCAUGGAAACCUCCGAAAACGGCAACGAAGGCGAGGAGGACCUGAACGGAGCGGAGCCUACGGAGCAGCCGGAGGAGACAGAGGCAGAAGAGCCGGAGGAAGAAGAAGAAGAAGAAGAGGAGGAGGAGGAGGCGGCGGCGGCGGCAGCCGAAACGGCAGUGGCUGUGGAGGAGGAAGAGGAGGAGGAGGAGGAGGAGGGAGAUUCCCAGAACGGCGCUGCAGAAGGCGGGCAGAUCAACGCAAGCAAGACCGAGGAGGAUGCAGGGAAAAUGUUUGUCGGUGGUCUCAGCUGGGACACCAACAGGAAAGACCUCAAGGACUAUUUCUCCAAAUUCGGCGAGGUGACCGACUGCACCAUCAAGAUGGACACCAACACAGGACGGUCGCGAGGCUUUGGGUUCAUCUUGUUCAAAGAAGCUUCCAGUGUGGACAAGGUGCUGGAGCAGAAGGAACACAGGCUAGACGGGCGACAGAUAGACCCCAAAAAGGCCAUGGCCAUGAAGAAGGAACCCGUCAAGAAGAUCUUUGUCGGAGGUCUGAACCCAGAGACCACAGAGGAGAAGAUCCGGGAGUACUUUGGAACCUUCGGAGAGAUUGAAUCCAUUGAGCUUCCAAUGGACCCCAAGACAAACAAAAGGAGGGGCUUUGUCUUCAUUACGUUCAAAGAAGAGUCUUCUGUGAAAAAAGUCCUCGAAAAGAAGUACCAUAACGUUAGCGGAAGCAAGUGUGAGAUUAAGAUCGCCCAGCCAAAGGAGGUGUACCAGCAGCAGCAGUUUGGUGGCCGUGGCGGUGGCUAUGGUGGCAGAGGCAGGGGGCGUGGUGGUGGUCAGAACCAGAGCUGGAACCAGGGAUAUAAUAACUACUGGAAUCAGGGUUAUGGUAACCAAGGCUACGGCUACGGGGGACAGCAGGGCUACGGUGGCUACGGGGCGUACGGCAACUACGACUACUCUUCUGGUUACUAUGGCUACGGCGGAGGCUACGAUUACAACCAGGGCAAUACAAGCUAUGGGAAAUCCCCAAGACGUGGAGGCCACCAGAGUAGCUACAAGCCAUACUGAUCAUACCCAGUGCAGGACUACAGUGAUUCAGAGCGAGCGUCCGCGAUGCAGCCGCAGCUGGAGCGGAGCCUGACGUUCCUUUGGAGCCGGCAGGAUUACAGACUCAUGCUUCAUUUGUACAGAACAAUUCGAGGAAUCGGGGGAAGCAAAAGUCACUUUUCCACUUUUUAUUUUAUAUUGUUUUUUUUGUGUCCAUACACAUUUCCAGAGAUGGAAGUGUUAUUUUUACUGUACUUUUUGGUACCUUUUUUGAAUAAUGUAUUGUAUGGUUGUAUUUUACAUGUCUUCUGGAUUUACCACGACGGAGAUCAGAGCUAUCAGAGCUUUUGAAAUAAACAACUUUGAGUAAUUUUUUUCAGUGUUCCUAGACCUGCUUUCUUUUCUGUGCGGAGUCCUGAUGCAAGUUGCAUGGCUACAGAGCAAAGGGGUGGAGGGGGGCGGGCUACCAUGUUAAAGGGAUUAAACUAGUCAGAUUUCAUUGUAAGCUUGUCUAGUAAAUGUGUCAGCAAUUGGCUAAUAGAUGAGGGCAGCCAGCUUUUUUGCUUUUGUUUUUGAUUUUGAUUUUUCUUUGGCUUUUUAAAGUUUAACUUGUCUGCGUUUAAGUGGCUUUGAUAGUGUUAUUUCUGCGCAUUAAGAUUACGCUUGCAAAUGUAAGAGGGCAUCCCCUCUCUCUGGAAAUCCUUUUCUCUAGUGUCU